CUAUCUUUCACUUCAAUUUCUCUCUCUCCCUUUUGAAACUCUAAAUGCCCCCUUCUGCUUCGUUCUCUCCUCCAUAGCCCACAAACUCAUUCUGGUCCAUAUAAUCGCUGCCCAUCCACGCUCUCUUUAUGGCUCUCCCUGGUUCUCAAAACCUCAUUUCAGUAAGCCAUAUAUCUCCAUUUGAAAAGCCAUCUCUUAAACACCAUUUUCAACAACCCCCAUCUGAAAACCCUAACUCACCGAGCUGAGCGGAAUCUUCGUCUCAGAUCACAAUCACGGCGAUGGCGCUGUUAGUUUCAGCUGGUGAAAUGCCGGCGAUGCUGGGCGACUAAGAUAUCUGUUGCGUGGUUGAUGCGCUCUCGAACGUCAACAGCCUUGGUGAUACAUGUUGGGUCGAGAUCUCAACCAGCGCUCCCCCGUGAAGAUGUUCUGGAGGUUUAAUUUUAGCAAGAUUAAGAAGAUUGGUUUCCGUAUGUGCUGUCGCGGUAAAAAAACCUCUACCUUUAUGAUCUUUGGAAGAAAUCUGACCAUUCUGGUAGUUGGUAUAGGUGAUUUGCAGCAUUGCCUUUGUGCCUUGAAUCUUCCCCAUUUCGUUGGGUAAGUCACGCUGAUUUCGCAUUAUCCAACAACAUCAAGCUGUAUCAUUUUUAUUCAUUGCAAAAUAUAGUCUCCAAAUUAAUCUUCAUGUCUCUUCAAGAAAUGGUUUUGGUAUUAUGUAGGCCGGUAAUGAUAAUAAUACAACACCAACUCUCUAUCUUUUUGAUCCGUAUAUACGUUUUUGUUUCACAUGAAAAUAUGGCUGGGGUGUUGAUCUGAUUUGAGAAAAGUGGGAGAAAAGAUAAUUGCAGGAAGAAGAUAGAAAAUAUUUGUGCUUUCAGCAAGUGCAGUGAUAUGAUAGGAUCUCAAGAGUGGUUUGAAAUUAUAUAUUGGUAUUUGUACCUUUUUAGUGGUUGGUGUUCAUAUCCAUUGUUUUCUUUUGCAUUGUUAGUGUCUAUAGAAAAUGAGUUAUUUGGGUGUAGGUUUUAGUCCUGGAACAGUUCUAGCGUACCAUAGCACAAACCUGAAAUUGUUCGAUAAGAGGAUCAAGAUAGCUGAGUUGGUGUUAAGGUUUAUGAUUCUUGGUCUUGGAGUUGUUGCAGCUGUUCUUAUUAGAACUGAUUCACAAGUGAAGGUGUUUUUCUCCUUUGAGAAGGAAGCUAAAUUCACUGAUGUUAAGGCUUUGGUAUUCUUGGUUGUUGCGAAUGGUUUGGCUGCUGGAUACUCUUUGAUUCAAGGACUCCGUUGUGUUGUGAGUUUGGUUAGGGGAAGUGUUCUCUUCAACAAGCCCUUAGCUUGGGCCAUUUUCUCUGCUGAUCAGGUCUGGUGUUGAUGAAGAGCUUCAGGUGGUGCUUAUUAAAGGUCAUGUAAAAGCUACUUGAUUGUGGAUGAUAUUCUAACUCAUGAAACUGAAGUUGCUUCACGGCUAAUGAACACGCUCCAAAAAAAGGACCAAUUGUUCUCUGAUUUCGAGAUGUUGGUUUGAUUUUAUGAAUUUCAGAGGGAUAGAGGUAAGAUGCUGUAAGUACAUUAUAAAGAUAUGGCAAGUGAGGUGUCGAACAAUUUCAGGUUCAUGAAGAAAUAAUGGGAUGGUUUAGCAUCAAGCAUGUUGAGCUAUUAAACUGGUUUGUUUUAAUGAAAAAAUUGUAACACUAGAGACAACUUAUGUAGCUGUGAGAUUUUGCCAGCCUCUAUGAAUGUCCAAUGUGUGGUAAAGAGCCAGAGAAUGUACGCCAUCUUUUCUUUAGUUGUGAUGUAGCAUUGAGUCUUUGGGGCGAUGUACUAUAUAAUAUAGGUCUGCAUUGUAGAUGAGCUAAAGAAUGCUUAAAGUCAUGGAUUGCGGCACCGAUUCCAGCGAGGUAUAAGCAGCAGUGGGAGAUAAAUACACAGGUUUUGAAAUGGGAGAUAAAGUAUUGGAGCCAAUCUUGGGUGUCGAAUAAAGAAGAGCGCAAGAGAGGAGAAUUUAAAAUUCAAUAAUAUAAUGAUUUGAGGAGUGGAUGAAAUAUGUACAUAUGCUUUGUCUUAUUGUGGUCUUGAUUAUUAUUAUAGGAUGGUUUUUA